CUGCCCGCCGCCACCAGCCGCCACCAUGCUGACCACCGAUGACAAGAAGCUGAUCGAGCAGACCUGGGAGAAGGUGGUGGGCCACCAGGAGGACUUUGGAGCCGAGGCCCUGGACAGGAUGUUCAUCUCCUACCCCCAGACCAAGACCUACUUCCCCCACUUCGACCUGAGCUGUGGCUCCGACCAGAUCCGCAGCCACGGCAAGAAAGUGGUGGCCGCCUUGGGCAACGCCGUCAAGAGCCUGGACAACCUCAGCCAGGCCCUGUCCGAGCUCAGCAACCUGCACGCCUACAACCUGCGCGUUGACCCCGUCAACUUCAAGCUGCUGUCGCAGUGCUUCCAGGUGGUACUGGCCGUGCACCUGGGCGCCGAAUACACCCCCGAGGUGCACGCCGCCUUCGACAAGUUCCUGUCAGCCGUGGCUGCCGUGCUGGCCGAGAAGUACAGAUGAGCUGCCGCCCGCACCCGGGUGCCAUCAAUAAAGACACUUUUGCCGCA